GAUAUCUGCAUGGCAGGUCCUGUCUCCCCCUCUGCUCUUUCAUUCUCUCUCUCACACACACAUGCACAGUCUGUCUUCCCAGUCCCCAGCUAAAGACACUAUCACACACACUCACAGCAGCUCCUUCAGACUGUCAGGAGACAGUCCUCCUCCUCCUCUUCAUUUCUCCCACCUCUCAGACCACCUGGAUUUUACAGGAGGCCAGCUGAGGACGCCACAGUGAAAGAAAAGAGACGCUCACUGUCAGGAAGGAGAGCAGAGCAAACGUUUACACUGAGGAUAACGCCUCAUCUCAGCCAGCCGGCUGAAGGCACAGCCAGUGGCACUGCAGAGGCACAACAGCACAGUGGGCUACAGCUUCGCUACAAGAGCAGGUAGGGGAACAGAACAUGCGGUCCAGAAGCAAUAGUCUGGAAGAUGUCACCAAGGCCAAGCUCAUGCAGCAGCAACAGGCAGAUACACGCAAACGCACAGCAGAGCGAGAGGAGCCCUCCGGAAGGGUGGAGCGCCGGAGUCGACACCGGGAGCCGCCGGAUGACACCGGGACUAUUCAGCGGAAUCACAAGACAGUGAAGAAUAACACCUGUGUCAGUGGGAGUGGCAGUGGGAGCAGCAGUGGAAGUGCCAGUGGCGCUGCAAAGACAGGCCGGAGGGAAAAGGGCAGGGACCUUUCCCGAGAUGACCUUGUCUUCCUUCUCAGCUUGCUGGAGGGAGAACUUCAGGCCAGAGAUGAGGUGAUCACAGUGCUGAAGGCCGAGAAAAUUGACUUGGCGCUGUUAGAGGCCAAAUACGGGUUUGUCACACCACAGAAGGUCUUGCAGGCCCUGCAGAGAGACGCCAUCCAGGGCAAGACCGAUGCCUUCCAGGAGGACAUCUAUGAGAGCCCCAUGAUGGAGCUAGACAAGCUGGUGGAGAAACAGAGGGAGACACACCGGCGGAUGCUGGAGCAGCUGCUGAUGGUGGAGCAGUCGCAUAAACAGGCUCUGUAUAAGCUGGAGGACGAGAAAAGGAACCACGGGGAGUUUAUGAAGAAGAGUGAUGAGUUCACCAACCUGCUGGAGCAGGAGCGUGAGAGGUUGAAGCUGUUAAUUGAUCAGGAAAAGGCCUACCAAGAAAGAAAAGACGAAGAGAACAACAAAAAAGUCACAAGUCUGAAGGAGGAACUGACAAAACUUAAGUCGUUUGCAUUGAUGGUUGUGGAUGAACAACAGCGUCUCACUGAGCAGCUGAAUCAACAAACAGCUAAAGUCCAAGAACUGAGUGCCAGCGCUUCACAAGCCCAGGAGGAGCUGAGCUCAGCUAAUGCCCGUCUGCAGGAAGAGGAGCAAAAGGUUUUUCGGUUGGAGGCUGAGCUGCGUGACCAAGCCACUAGAUAUCAUCAGGAUCAAGAGGCCAUGACUGCCAAGUUUACUAGUGAGGAUGCUCAAAACAGACAGCUGCGCCAGAAACUGUCAACCCUCAGCAGGCAGCUGGAUGAGCUAGAGGAGACCAACAAAACCCUGCGCAGGGCUGAGGAAGAGCUGCUGGAGCUGAGGGACAAAAUAAGCCGUGGUGAAUGUGGAAACUCCAGCCUCAUGUCUGAGCUUGAAGAGUUACGGAAGAGGGUCCUUGAAAUGGAGGGAAAGGAUGAGGAGCUGAUCAGAAUGGAAGACCACUGCAGAGAUCUGAACAAAAAACUGGAGAAAGAGGCCAGCCAAAGCCGGAGCCUGAAGUUAGAGGUUGAUAAACUGAACCACAGAAUUAUGGAUUUAGAAAAGCUGGAGGAUGCAUUCAGCAAGUGUAAACAAGAAUGUGGCUCACUUAAAAGUAAUCUGGAAAAAGAGAGGACGGUGUCAAAGGUUCUGACCAGUGAGCUGGAAGCCUUGAAACUCCGUGUCAAAGAGUUGGAAGGUGCUGAAAGUCAGUUAGCAAAGACAGAGUUAACACUAAAAGAAGAUCUUACAAAGCUGAAGACGCUGACUGUAAUGUUGGUGGAUGAAAGGAAAGCAAUGGCAGAAAAGCUAAAGCAAAUGGAGAACAAAGUACAGAACAGCACUGGCAAACUUCAGGCUGAGCAGGACAAAGUUACAUCUGUCACAGAAAAGCUAAUAGAAGAAAGCAAGAAAGCACUGAAAUCAAAGGCUGAGCUGGAGGAUAAAAUGUGCAGUGCCACAAAGGAAAGGGAUGAUCUGAAGGCCAAGCUGAGGACUGAAGAGGAAAAGAGUAGUGAUUUGGAGUCCAAGAUCAGUAUGAUGAAGAAAAGGCUGCAGUCACUGGAGACCUUAGAAAGAGAAUAUCUGAGGAAUAAAGCAAAAGAGGAACACAUCAAAACACCCAUUGCCAACCGCUUCCAGCAAGAAGAUAACAAGGUCAAGGAUUUGACACAGGAGGUUGAACGCCUUAGGCGUAAACUGAAAGACAUGAAGGUGGUAGAAGGUGAUUUAUUAAAAUCUGAGGAGUUUGAGUCACUGGAGAAAAGAUUUACCAAUGAACAAGAGAAAGCAAAGGCACUGAUGGAAGAGCUGGAAAUAUCCAAAAAGGAACUUUCCAAGUACCAGCUGGCUGAAAAGAAAGAAUGUAACCAAGAAACUGUCCUGUAUAAACGCCUGAAAGAAGAGGAGGCAAAGUCAAGCCAUUUGACCAGAGAGGUAGCAGCUCUGAAGGAGAAGAUCCAUGAGUACAUGGGAACAGAGGAUUCCAUCUGCCGUAUGAAAAGUGAUCAUUCUACCCUGCAAAGAAAACUGACUCAGCAGGAAGUCAGAAAUAAAGAACUCGCCAGAGAAAUGGAGACACUCACACGGGAGCUUGAGAGAUAUAGACGCUUUAGCAAGAGUCUCCGUCCUGGCAUGAAUGGAAGACGAUUCUCAGACCUACAUGUUUCCACCAAGGAAGUCCAAACAGAGCCACUGGACCUCAUGUCUCCCAACUGCAAGACAAUGGCACCACCACUGGAACGUGCUGUGGUGAAUGGGAAACUGUACGAUGAAAGUGAAGUUGAGGAUAACGCAAAUUACAACAAUGAGCUUCAGCUCACCAAAUGCAGUCCGUCACUCAUCAACAAUGUAAAUAACCUCAACAACAAUAUGAGAAGAGCUCGAGUCCCAUUCCUUAAAAAUAAAGAUACCCCCCAUCAGGUAAAUGGGAAAGUGCAACCUCGGCAGAAUGGAAACCACGUCCAGCCUGGAGAUGUUGUGUUGACCCACAGUCCAGGACAGCCUCUGCACAUUAAAGUGACUCCUGACCAUGGACAUAACACAGCUACACUAGAAAUCACCAGCCCAACCACAGAAAACACCCAGUCAUUCACCAGCACUGCCGUCAUACCCACAAGUGGAGGUCCACCCAAACAGAGAAUUACCAUCAUUCAGAAUGCCUCCAUAUCCCCUACUGCUAAAUCCAUUUCCCCUACAACAAAAUCUAAAGGUUCCCCUAUGCCUGAUGACCCCUGUUCACCAGAUAGGGCCCUAUCACCUUUCACUAUGGCUACAUACUCCAGAGCCAUGACCCCAGACUCUUGUGGCUCUGUAACACCAGACAGAGCUAUGUCACCAAUACAGAUAGUUUCCGUCACAACAGGCACCCCUGACCGCUCCCACUCCACGGAGCCAGUGGAGGUUGUUGGAGGACAUGCCGUCUUCCGUGUGACCCCUGAGAGGCAGAGCAGCUGGCAGGUCCAAAGAUCUAACAGUUCAGGGCCCAACGUCAUCACCACAGAAGACAACAAAAUCCACAUUCACUUAGGGAGCCCUUUCAUUCAAAGCAUCAGUAGUCCAUCACAAACCAUGAGCCCAUGCCACACCCCUGGACUCCAAGAGCAGAGGACUCAGGUCCUGGCAAACUGUACUCCUGCUGCCAAAGGCAACAGCAAAAUCACAAGUAGCAUCAUGAUUAAGCCCACCUCCACCCCAAUCCAAAGGCCAUCGCAAAUUACAGUACCUCUAGAAGCAUUCCGACGACCAGGACCUACGAGAAUACCCAAACCGAAGGGCUACGGCUCCCAGAAGGGGGCGACCAGCACAGCAGCCCAUACAGGACUGCAGAGCAAGACUCAGCUUCCACAGAAUAGUCUAAGCAUUGGGAAAGAGCAGCCCACACAAACACCUGCAGGACACAACAACAACAACCCCAACCUGAUGAACCGCAGACUGUGACGUUAUCCUUCACAUUUUUAGACGUGUGUAGUCACUGGUAACCUGUCAUCAUUAACAGUAGUUCAAUCAGACAAUAAACUUAAAAUCUAAACUGACUUAAAUGUAAUUGAUCAUAUUGGUUUUAGCAAUUUGCAUUAAGAUUAGCCAAUGGCUACAAAAGAAAACUAUACUGUUUGUGUAACUGCCUACUGUUAUACUGGUUCUUCAAAGCUCUGACACAGUCCUGUUCUAUUUCCAUUUUCCUCUCCUGUGGUGCUCUAAGACUGCAAAAUACUAUUACACGCAAACUGUACACACCGUAUUAAA